AUAUAUAUAUACUCACUCACACACCCUCUUAUUAUGUGUACUUUUCACUUCAAACAUCUAUAUCUAUCUAAUUUUCAUUUCUUCUCUUUGAUUACUUAAAGAACAUGACUAAUUCUAUCAUCAGACCACUUUUGUUUUAUAAGAAGAAAAUAAAGCUCGUUCAGUUUUUCAGCACCUUCAUGUUUCUCUUGGGGCAUUCAGGUUUUACAUAUACAUGGGCAUAUGUAAAAAGAGAUCCAUCUUUUGUUUUCAAAAAGAAAAGAAGUUUUGAGUCUUUGUUCUUCAUGACUCUAUGCAUGCAUGUCGAAACUAGGGUUUUGAAUUUUAGAUCUAAAUAUAACUUCGAUCCUGCAGCUACAAUCAAUAUCUUGAGAUCUUGGAUACUUCAUACUUGAAUAGUCUCAUUGCUCAAUUUGUUAAAAUCUCUACUUAAUGUAAUUUGUGUGUUCUUUCUUUGGGGUUAAUAAUUGAUUAGGGAAAAGGUCAAAGAGAAAGCAUCUCUAGUUUUCUUUUUUUUUUUGAAAAAAGUACGGAUAAUGGAGAUAGGGUCGUCAUCCACGGUGGCUGGAGGAGGACAGCUUUCAGUGCCUCCAGGAUUCCGGUUUCAUCCAACGGAGGAGGAGCUUCUUUACUAUUACCUCAAGAAGAAGGUCUCUUAUGAACCAAUCGAUUUGGAUGUUAUUAGAGAAGUCGAUCUCAACAAGCUGGAACCUUGGGAGCUUAAAGAGAAAUGCAGAAUCGGGUCGGGUCCUCAAAACGAGUGGUACUUCUUUAGUCACAAGGACAAGAAAUAUCCGACAGGGACCCGAACGAACCGGGCGACUGCAGCCGGGUUCUGGAAAGCUACGGGUAGAGACAAAUCCAUACAUCUAAACAGCUCCAAGAAGAUUGGACUUCGUAAGACUCUCGUCUUCUACACUGGUCGUGCUCCUCAUGGCCAAAAAACCGAAUGGAUCAUGCACGAAUAUCGCCUAGAUGAUAUCGAAAACGAAAUCCAGGAAGAUGGGUGGGUUGUAUGCAGAGUGUUCAAGAAGAAGAACCAUUUCAGAGGAUUCCACCAAGAACAAGAUCAAGAUCAUCAUCAUCAUCACCAAUACAUAAGCACCAACAACAAUGAUCAUGAUCACCAUCAUCACAUUGACUCCAAUUCAAACAAUCAUUCCUCUUUGAUCCCACAUCCUCUGGAUCUUCACCAUCACAUUGGGCGACAAAUCCACAUGCCAUUACAUGAGUUUGCAAACACUUUGAACCAUGGCUCAAUGCAUCUCCCUCAGCUCUUCAGCCCUGACUCAGCUGCAGCAGCGGCUGCGGCAGCAGCAGCAACCCAACCGUUUGUGUCGUCAAUCAACACAACUGACAUUGAAUGUUCACAAAAUUUACUGAGGCUGACUUCUAACAACAACUAUGGUGGAGACUGGUCGUUUCUGGACAAGCUUCUCACCACAAGCAACAUGAAUCAGCAAGUGCAGAACCAUCAAGCAAAAUGUUUUGGUGACUUGAGCAACAACGAUAAUAACGACCAGGCUGUUACUCAUGAUCAUUUGGGUAACAACAAUGGUGCUUCUUCUUCCUCUCCGGUUAAUCAGAGGUUUCCGUUUCACUACUUGGGAAACGAUGCUAAUCUUCUCAAGUUCCCAAAGUAAAUCUACAUCGGAGUUGAUCUGUUAUGAUGGAUCUCGUGUUUUUCGAUUUUAUUAUCUUCUUUAAGCUGUGGAACUUGACACGGCAACCAACUCACUGUUCGAUGAAUCUGUUUUUUUUUUUUUUUUAAUUCAUAAUUCUGUCUUCCAUUUAUGAUCUUCUGUUCUGUCUCUCCGAGGACUAAUACCUCGUCAUCGCCAAACAUUUUCCCCA